GGAGCAAACACAACCUCGGAUUUGCAGACGGGCCGCCGCAGAUCGCCUCAAGCCAUCCGCCGCCCAGUGCUGCAUUGUUUCAGGCCCGGCCCUCUCGGAGUCAAGGCUGGCUCCUCCGUCCCGGCACACGGCCCUCUCCGCCCCGUGCUCUCCGGUCUCAACACCGGCCCCGCGCAGCGUCACACCACCGUCACCGUCGCGAUGCCCGAGCCGGCCCAGAACGGCGUCGCCGGCCACGACGACGCCUCCAGCACCCACCACGACACCGAGGCUGAGGACCAGGACCAGGACCACCAUGACUCCCACGACGACCAUGCCGCCGGCUCCUCCGAUGCCCAGGAGCCGCCCCGCAAGCGCCAGCGCGUCAGGCUCUCCUGUCUUGAGUGCCGCCGCCGCAAGCUCUCGUGCUCACGUGAGCUGCCCUGCGACCGUUGCAUCAAGUCCGGCACCGCCGACCGCUGCACCUACGAGCCCCGGCCGGGCUCCGUCAGCGGCCCCGUCUCGGAGCGGUCCUCUUUCGCGCCGGCUGCGCCCAUGGUCUCCUUCGACCUCGACAGCCGCCACCCCAAUCACAAUCCCCUCCGUCGCAGUGUCGAUGCAUCACUGUUGCGCGAGUCGGCUCGCGACCACGACCGCGUCCGUCGUCUCGAGCUCGAGGUCGCACAGCUCAAGGCUGCCCUGGCAAAGCAGGCCUCGCUCGACGGCAGCACCGUCGUUGCAUCGCCACUCACUCACAAGGAAACCCGGCCUGAGGAGCCGUCCGAGCCCGUCGCUCCCAUCAUCCCAGAUAACCCCGACGGUCUCGAGUUCAAGUUUGUGCGCGGCCACAAUUUCAAGGCUCGCUACUUUGGCCCGCACAAUGCAUGGGACUCUGUGAUCCAGCUCAACGGCCUCCAGUUGUUUAUGCGGCAGACCGCAGACCAGUGGCUACGGCCACUCAACAUACAAAAGAAAGACCGUGACAAGAGGCGCAAUGACCGCAUGAAGCGGUUCAUGGAGCCCGGGCUCGACCUCGAGGCACUGCUGCCCCCCAGGGACGAGACUGACUCCCUCAUUUCCAUCUAUCUCGACCAGUUUGAGCAAAUUCAUCGCAUCGUGCACGUUCCCACGUUCAAGAAGCAGUAUGCUUCGUUCUGGGACCCGGCGAGGACGAGAUCGGCGGCCAUGACGGUGCUUGUACUAGCGAUGAUCUCUGUGUCGGUGUGUCUGGAUAUGACCGUGUCCAACAAGUUUGUUGGCGUCAAGUCGAGCUCGUUCCAGCGUGCAGCCAAGUGGGUGAAAGCCUGCGACAAUUGGCACGCGAACCAGAGCCACAAACACCGCAUGCUCAUCCAUUAUCAGAUCGCCUGUAUGCUGUAUAUGGCAAAGCGUGUCAAUAUCAUCAAGAAGAAGAGGUUCUGGUCAACCACUGGCGUCCUAGUUCGAGACGGCAUCAUCACGGGCCUGCAUCAAGACCCUGAGCAUAUGAGCGUGCAAGUCUCGCCCUUCUAUCAGGAGAUGCGCCGACGUCUAUGGGCGACCAUGGUCGAGUUUGAUGUACAGUCUUCGGUCGACCAGGGUGUUCCGACGCUGAUGAGCCAGGUUUACAACGACGCGGACGCGCCUCGGAACAUCGACGAUGACCAAUUCGACGAGAACACAGAGGAGCUGCCCGAAUCCAACCCAGAUGACAAGUACACGUUGUCAUCAUAUCAGCAUCUCAGUCGGCGCAGUCUACCAUUGCGCCUGGAGCUGACGAGGAUCUUGACAAUGUCGCGCGGCGCUCUGGACUGGGAGCAAGCACUCCGCUACACCGAGCUCUUGACCCAGGAGAUCGACGCGCUCCCGGCAUGGGACAUUGACACGGAGCCUGCGCCCAACAGCAUCCACAAGCCCAUCCUGGCUCACACGUUGCUGCAUCUUCAGCUCAAGCAAUUUUUUAUCCCGCUACUGCAGCCAUUCAUCAAGCUGCGAGAGAAUCACUCCAAAUUCCAGAUCGCAGAGUUCCUCUACUACAACACUGCGCGCGAUAUCGUCAUUGCGCAUGAUAAACUAUUCCAGAGAGGUAUCAGAUCGCUAAACUUCCUUCGGGAAGAUACCAUGAAUGCUGCCGUAAACCUGUGCACCGUUUCAUUGCGUCAGCCCAAGGACAAUUCGAGCUGGAUCAUGUCAAACGCCCAAGAAACAAUUAGCCUGAUAGAAAAGUGCAUCGCCAUGAAGGAGGAUAGGAUCCUGCGGUGCGGUCACAAUGAUCCGUGGGGCUACUCGUCCAUGUGCGCUGCCCUGGGCCUCCUCGAGACUCAUCUCGGCACCAAACCGAUGGAGCAGGCCAAGGCAUCGGCCGCCGAGCGUUUCAUCAGUCUGCACUACAGGCUGGUCACGAACCAGCAGUCACCCAUCACGAAUCCGCAGAUGUCGCAUGGCACGCCGGGUUCGACAGUUGGUGCGGACUCUGCAGGUCGGGUUGGCGCGUACAUGAAUCAUGUUAAACAGUCCGAUGUCACCCCGUACACUGUGCAGCAGCAGCAGCAACAGCAGAACAACGGCAUGUCGCUCGGCAACACGCCGUACCUGCGCGACGGAAUGCCGAUCUCCACCCCCUGGCUGCUCCCUUCGGGCGACACCAGCCAGGUCCUGCCCAACCCGGACUUCAGCCUCGAGGGGCUCGGCACAGAUCUGAUUGACUUGUGGCCGGAUUGGGCGGAGAGCAGUGCACCAUUUUCAUGAUCGGCAUCCCUUUGGUCGAGAGCCAUGUUUUGCUGGGGCCUUUUAGCAACGGGGGAGAAGAGAAUGAGCGAGAAGAAGGAUACCCCAGAGACGUAGCGGAAACCUUGCCGAUCCCGCCAUUCGAAAAAGUUCUUGCCAUAUAUCCCAUGUAUAAUUGUAUAUAGUGUCCUGCUAUUGCUUAUUAGUCGAUGCGUCUGGGGAAACAGCCUCCGGCUUAGUCCAGCACGAGGUCAAUGACUGAGGGGUUGCCCCUCGCUUGAUCACAUCCGUCACAGCCAAUGUCACUUCCCACUGCUGAGCU